AGGUCGAAAUAUAGAUAAUCGACCAUCCUGAACAUCGUGGUGUUGUUAGUUUUACACAAAAAAGAGUUGUCAACUUUAAUAUCAAUUUUCACGUACAGAAAAACAUAGUUUCGAGAGCGUAUCACUGCAGACAAGUUAUAUAGCUUGACUAAGCGCCAAAAGCUAUUCUAUGUCAACACAGAGCUCAAAUAAAGGAUUUUAGUUCCUCAAAGUCACUGAAAACCCUUUUUUGUGUAAAACUAACAACACCACGAUGUUCAGGAUGGUCGAUUACCUAUAUUUCGACCUUUACUGGUGUCUUCAAACCGCAAAAACUAAGGAUACCGCUUGUUCGGAAAAACUUACCCUCCUUGAAAAUCUAAGGAAAAUCCGAAGUUUGCUUUGACGUACAUUUAAAGAAGACACUUCAGACUACUUAUCUAUCGAAAAAAAUCGAUAGGUUGCUAUUUUAAUUUCGGAAACCACAACGUUGUUUUCAAAAGAUUGUCGGAAAACAGGAUCUUCCGAGGAGUUUCAUUUACUCAGUAAAAGUUGUGGGAAAGUGUCUAUUUUCAGAAUCUGAAAACGGCAGAUCGUUAUUACUUUUUUAUCAGAAGUUAUUUAAGAAAUAGCCAAGGAAGCUGCUUUUGUGUCAGUCAUAGUCUGUCAUAAUGGUGCUGAUGAACAGUACCUAGUGGACUUGAUGGGUUCUAAAUAAAACAGAGAGUGCCAGAAAAGCACAGGAAAAUGGAAGCAUAAUAAUGGGUUAGAGUUCGAUUUUGAAUCCAAUGAAUAUAAAUGCGUUUGAAAAACUAACUAGUUGAAAUCCAAAGAAGUUUGAACGCUUUACGAUUGGGAGAGGCGUUAGUAUGUAUUACUAGCUCUGAUUUGUUAGAACUACCGAAUAUGAAACAUUUGAUAGAGUUAAAGUUAGAUACUUUAGUUCCGUAUUUUAAUUUUAUUUUAAUUUUAUUUUAAUUUUAAAUUUAGCAAAACAACAAACGUACACUGAAGAAGACCUCAAUUAAAAGAGGUCGAAACGUUUGUUGUUUUGCUAAAUUUAAAAUUAAAAUAAAAUUAAAAUACGGAACUAAAGUAUCUAACUUUAACUCUAUUAUAUAGUGGACUAGGCCGCUUACCAAACGCGUAAGAGCUUCUAAAUUUUCCUCAGUAACGGGCUUGAACUUUGUUUUCAUCUUUUUUUAUAAAAGUGUGUUCGAACGCAUUAAAACUAAUUCCUUGAUUUUUCAAGUCCUACGUAAGUUUGAAAAAUGAAAUAUUUGCGCACAUUCAAUAGCAAUGGACUCGUGCACGUUUGUCAGAUUAAUUGUUGUUUUUAACGCUUGCUAACAUGCAUUAGAGUAUCAAAAUUAUUUCAUGACCUUAGGCGCCUUUAAAAUGACACGUCUCCAGGCUCUCCACAAUAUGGUUUCGUUGAAAUAUGAGCAUUUCCGCAAAAGACUUACAAAAAAUGACUUUCUUGAAGAAACAGUUCUAGUUCACAUGUAACCUAAGCUUCUUUAAGGAAGAAACGAUCCCAUCGGAAUGUGCCUGUUUCAGUCGAAAAUGUUUACCAAAGAUACAAUGAACUUAUACGUUCAGAUAUUUUUCAAAUUAUCCUUUUCGGAAGCAAGGUUCUCUGAAAAAACAUGCACAAAAACUCGAAGCUAUUGAUCUUUUCUUUCGAAAAUAAAGAGAGAUGAUAAACUGAAUUACAUCGGGCAUAUAGGUAUCUAGGAUCUGUAAUAAGGAUUGUCGUUAUAAUUUGGUAGUAAGAUAAGAAAUGAGAACAGAUUUUGAAAAUAUCUUUUUCCUGCUUAUACAAUUUGAGUACUCCAUUUAGUUGAACGAAGGUAAUUCCGUAACCGCUCGUUCCAUUUCAUUGUCCUGUUUUUAGAUCACUCCCUUGAACUUGGGCGUCCUCGAUUGAUGAUACCUAACGAAACAGUUCUGAAGAAAAUUAAUAAUUUUCAACAACUUUAUCGUUCAGAACAAGCAGGUCGAUGGUGGACACAUGAUUCAUUUUUAUUUCGUUUAUUAAAUAAAGCAUUUCGCACAGAAGAUAUUGCUACUAUAUAUCCAUUUCUUAAUAUUGUACGAAAUUUAAUUGAUAAUCAACAUGGUCUAAUAUCAAUGAACGGAUUUUUAUCAGUAACAAAUGAUAGAACUGUUGCUGAUAUGUUUGCUAGUAUUGACCAGAAUCGUUUAGGUUAUGAAGCUGUACUCUUCGAGUUAAAACUUGAUGUUGAUGGUAAGCCUAGUAGUAGAAAACCAUUUGCUGAUAUAACAAAUAUUAGUCAAUAUCCAGAAGAAAAAGAAAUUUUAUUUUCAAUGGGAAUAGUAUGGUGCAUUGACUCAGUUACACAACAAGAAAAUAAUUCAUAUUUAAUAAAAUUAUCAUUAACGAAUGAAGAAGAUUUAAGAUCAACUGAAUUAAUAAAAUAUUUAAAGAAAAAUAUGAGUAAAGAAAUGUGUACAUUACUAACAUUCGGUAAUUUUUUAUUCGAUAUUGGUGAAUAUGAUAAAGCUGAAUAUUAUUACAAAAAAAUGGCGAUAGAAUUACCUCCAAAUGAUAAAAGACAAGCCAUACUUUAUAAUAAUAUUGGUUUAAUACGGUAG